AAGGGGAGAUUGUGCAGUUUCUGAGUCUCACAUGGCUCGGCAACUUGGAUUUACGAGUACGUCUACUUGCUAUAGUCACAAUGUCAAACAAGUUAUUUGGAAAAGAGUCAGUUUCUUUCGAAAUGCUCUACACUCUUGUUUUCAUCCAAUCCGCAAACCAGCCACUGUUUCUUUAAACAAUCGAGGAGUAUUCAAGGCUUCUCUUCCAAGUCCUACUGGCUCAGAUGUAGUGGAGUCAAAGGAAUAUUCCAGCCAAUAUAGUUUAGGAAUUCUGGCAGCCAUAUUGCUAUUGCUACCUGAAAGUGCGGAAGCUUCAGCGUUGGAUGUGUUGCAAGAUAUUUUCAAGAGCAAACCAGGGUCCCUUGUACAUCCCUUUGUUAUGCUUGGAGUUUUAGGAACCUCGUUGUAUACUUUCUAUUUGGGUUAUCAGUCGAGAAGGAUUCGAGAAGCAGACUCGGAAACCAAAAAGCAGCUCGUGAAGGGUCGUUUUGGUCAAAGACAUUAUCAGACAUCGGCUAUUCUUUUGGCAGUAUUGACAUUUUUUACUUUUGAAGGAAUGGCAAAUACUUUCACUCGAACUGGAAAACUGUUUCCAGGUCCCCAUUUGUAUGCUGGGUUAGGAUCUGUAACAGUAAUGUCCAUCAUGGCUUCGUUGGCUCCUUUUAUGCAACAAGGAAAGAACACUGCCAGAAAUAUUCAUUUUGUAUUGGCAUUUGUGGUUGUGGGUUUGAUAGGCUCUCAGUUGCAGUCUGGCUAUCAUAUCCUUGCAAGACUCUUGGGUUGGGAAUAAAGUACUAGUGUUGAUUAUUCAAAGAAUG